AUGAGAAGGCCCCUUUUCGAGCGUAUCGUACAUGCACUAGGAGAGUGGUCUCCAGAGUUCACGCAAAGGAAAGAUGCUCUUGACCGUGAUGGACUAUCUCCAUUGCAGAAAUGCACAUCAGCUAUUCACCAAUUGGCAUAUGGUACUCCCGCGGACGCUCUCGAUGAGUACCUGAAGAUUGCCGAGUGCACAUCAAUUAAGUGCUUAAAGCUGUUCGUCAAAGGCGUGGUUCAUAUAUUUGGUGAUGAGUAUAUGCGAAAACCCAAUGUCAACGAUGUGCAGCGCUUACUUGAUAUUGGAGAGAGUCGUGGGUUUCCUGGCAUGUUAGGAAGCCUCGACUGUAUGCACUGGCGUUGGGACAAAUGUCCCAUGGAGUGGAAGGGACAAUUCACCAGUGGGUAUAAAGGCGUCCCUACUCUUAUUCUAGAGGCGGUUACUUCUCAGAAUCUUUGGAUAUGGCAUGCAUUUUUUGGUGUUGCUGGAUCCAACAAUGACAUCAACGUGCUUAAUCAGUCGACGUUGUUCCUUGAGCAACUGAAAGGGCAAGCUCCUCGAGUGAACUAUAAUGUCAACGAGAAGGAAUAUCAACUUGGUUAUUACCUUGUAGAUGGAAUAUACCCAGAGUGGGCAGCAUUCGUGAAGUCGAUACCGAUGGCUCAAACAGAAAAACAGAGGUUGUUUGCUAAACAUCAAGAAGGUGCAAGGAAGGAUGUGGAACGUGCAUUUGGUGUGCUCCAGGCGCGAUGGUCUAUUUUACGGCGCCCGGCACGUUUAUAUGACCGGGGCGAUCUCCAUCAUAUUAUGUUAGCCUGCAUCAUUCUACACAACAUGAUAGUUGAGGAUGAAAAAGAAGAGGCGGGGAAUAUGCUUGAUUUGAAUGAGGAAGCAGGCUCAUCAAUUGUUUUCCCAUCAGUAUUUACUCAUGGUGACAUGCCAAUAUUUGCCGAGGUACUUCAAAGAGAUGCUAGAAUUCGUAAUCGUCCGAUGCAUAAGGCUCUAAAAAAUGAUUUGAUUGAGCAUAUAUGGAGAAAGUUUGGGCGACGAUAGAUUAUAUUCGAGACUUGAUCC